ACAAGGCCCCGCCCCCCUCCUCCCUCACCCCCCCCACCUCCCUCCCUCGCGGAAGUCCAAGAUGGCCGUGUCCGCUAGCGGUGCGGCCGUGAAGGUGCCCAGGAAUUUCUGCCUUCUGGAGGAGCUGGAGGAAGGUCAGAAGGGCGUGGGCGAUGGAACCGUGAGCUGGGGCCUCGAAGACGAUGAGGACAUGACCAUGACGAGGUGGACAGGAAUGAUUAUUGGUCCACCUAGGACGAGCUUCGAGAACAGAAUAUACAGCCUUCGUGUAGAGUGCGGACCCAAGUACCCAGACAUGCCUCCCACUGUCCGAUUCGUGACCAAGGUGAACCUGAGUGGCGUCAACAGCUCAAACGGAAUGGUCGAUCCCCGUAUGGUGCCUGUACUUUCCAAGUGGCAGAGUACCUACAGCAUUCGGAUAAUGCUGCAGGAACUGAAGCGCCACAUGAUGCAGAAGGAAAACAUGAAGCUCCCGCAGCCGCCCGAAGGACACACCUACAUCUAGACGGUUUCACUCGAGAGUAAAGUUGUGCGGGCUCCGGUCGCGGGUUGGCACUGCUACGCUGCAUGCAAGCGUGGCUGAUUGUCACGUAGGUUUCCCGCACGCAAACGCGGUGCGCCGCGAUGGGGGGGGGGGUCUGCUGACGUGCACACGUCUCGUUUUAAGGCAUUGACAAAAGGCCUCUUGAUCACCACACGCCCGCAUGCGUUUUGAUGCACGCCCUCCACGGAGUGGCCACUCGUUUGCACUUGAGUGAAGCGGACUAGAACUUAAAUAAUGCCAUGCAUCGCAAUGCCGCCCCCCCCCCCCCCCCCACAACAUUUCUGCUGCCCGGAAACUCACUAAACUAUAACGAUACCCACUUUUCAUCGGCAUUAUGCUGGUUUGGCUUGUUGUGUUGCAUUUGAUUUGUUUGUUUUUGUUUAAACCCAUCCACCACCAACCCACUACGAUGGACCUGAGGGGAAAAAAUUCUGCCUGUAUUCCACACGGAGAUGCAAAUGAAUUGUCAAGGGGUUUGAUGGGUGUCAGUUUAUGGAUUGAAGUUAUUUAUUUUUCCAGUGGACGGCAGACGUGUCUGUACAUUACAGUAACUUUGCUUGUGAGUAAAAACAACCAUUUUCAAGUGGCCAGUCCAAGCCACCCAUUUGUAAUCACUUUUGCACAUUUGGCGUUUGGAGUUGUGCAGAGCAAAUGACUGUACUGUGUUAGCGUGCUGUGGACUUAUAGUAUCAGCGUGAAAUGUUAAACCACAAGACAACCCUCCUGACCAGAGGGAAAUGUCGGGGUAAUUUCCACAGGUAGAGAGAGCUUGGAUAUGUUCUUGUUGUAAUGUAUUUUGACUGUGAUUAAAAUCCAUUUGUUCCACUUAAA